GAGCUGAGGUGGCACAGGCGGUCGGUGCCAUUCUUCUGUAUGAUUAUUACAAUGAGUACAAGCACAAGAGAAUGCCUUCAACUUCAGCUCCUAGAGAUGGAAAUGCUCUUCUCAAUGUUUCCUAGCAAAGAGGACAUUGUCAUCAAUGGUGUGAAUUCACUUUCCAUUUUAAGAAGGUAUUUAGAAGGAACGUAUGAGUCUCUGCCACCAUCUAUUGAAUUUUCGGUUUUUGUUAAAACUGAAGAUCUGAAGGAGAAAGCAGAAUUACACGUGUAUCUUCCUCACACUUACCCCACAAAGGAACCUCAGCUGUUUGUUCGGUCAACUGCCUUGGACAAGCUGCAGCACAAUGAUCUUAAUAAAUGUCUGGCAACCUAUGUAAGUUCACUGGACCGUGGGGACCUGUGCAUCACAAACACUAUUCAAUGGCUGGCAGACAAUCUAUCCUCCUAUGUGGAGAAAUCCAACCACACCAAUGGGAAUGAAGCAGACAUCAAAGAAAUCUCUAUUACUUUCCAUCGCAUGUGGAUCUAUAGCCACCACAUAUACCGGCAGGAACUACGCAAAAAGAUCUUGGACUGUGCUAAGAGACUGAAUUUGACAGGUUUCUGCUUGACAGGGAAGCCAGGCGUGAUAUGCAUAGAGGGGGAUAAGGAGCACUGUGAGGAAUUCUGGAGGGACAUCCGCUACCCUAACUGGAAGCAUAUUUCAUGUAAGCACACCGAAAGCAAAGAUGUGAGUGAAUCCAUGGAUGGUCUACGACUGUUCCAAGCCUUUGAAGAGCUGACUUUUGAGGCUCAUGGAGACUAUGGACUGAGGAACGAUUACCAUAUGGAUUUAGGGCAGUUCUUUGAAUACCUCCGAAAGCAUCAGAGUGAACAUAUCUUUCAGAUUUUGUUUGGCAUUGAGGGAAAAUCCUGAGUUCAGAUUCAUUUUCUUGUAUUAAUUAUAAAACCAAAGCACAGCACUAAGAAGUUUAAAUAGCAUCUGUCCGCAGAUUUGUGCCUAUGAAACUGACUAACCUGUUACAUGUGCGCUUGGCAGCUGAAGGCAUCUGUGUUGGUUCCAGGUUCGUAUGAGGUUUUCAUAUAUGCAAAUGAACCUCUAGGAGCAAUGGGGGCAUUGUCCUUAUACCUAGAAGUUCAAGUCUCUCUGCAACUCCCACGCCCUCUCCACUAUGAUAGGGCCAGGCAGUGAAAUCCUCAUCAUGCCUGGCUCCAUCAAGGUGGAGACGUUAUGGAGGUUUCAGGUAGAGCAGAGCAUCGCUCCUAGAGGCUCAUUUGCAUAUAUGAAAACCUCAUA